CGAUUAUGUGGUUUUUUGGGUUGUGAGAUUACACAAAAAUGAUAUUGUUGUUGAGAUCCUAUGUCACAAAAACUCUAAGUUUCACAUCAUGUUGUCUUUUGGGAACACACUAUGUUCUCAUCAUUUUGAGACUUCAAAUUGUCAUCAUUUCAUCAACCUCCAUUUUUUCUAAUCCUUCUAUUGAGCUAUUUCCUAGUGAUUCUGAUACAAGUACAUUUGAUGAGCUCUACAGUGCCUUACCACAUGCUUUAACUAGUUCUACAGAAGAUGAUUUACCUGUUGGUGAUGCAUUAGAUAAUUAUGAACUUUCCUCCACUUCCUCAUCUGUAUCACCCGUUGAUGUUCCAUAUGAUAUUGUUGAGUCUACAAAUGAGCCUGUUGUCCCAUCUUUAAGUCACCCUACUCAAGUACGAUUGGUUGUUAAGGGUUUAACACUAGAGUAUGGAAUAAACUAUGAAGAAACAUUUACUCUAGUUGCUCAUCUCACAUCUACGUGCAGUUUGCUUACUAUCAUUACUAUACGAAGAUGGAAAUUGUUUCAGAUGGAUGUGAAAAAUAUUUUUCUUAAUGUUGACCUAGAAAAAGAAGUUUAUAUGAAACCACCUCCUAGACUCAAUCAUCCUUCAAAUAAAGUAUGUCGAUUGAGAUGUGCAUUAUACGAUUUGAAGCAAUCCCCUCAAGCUUGGUAUGCAAAGUUCAAUGCUAUUGUGAAUGAUGGCUACCUUCUUUCUCAAGUAAAGUAUGCCUUCGAUCUUGCUUCUAAAGCUAAACUCAAUGAUAGCAAAAGUGUUUUUACACCUCUUAAACCUCAUGUUAAGCUUACACCUAUAGAUGGCUCUCCACUUUCUGAUCCUACUCGUUAUUGGCAAUUGGUUAGUAGUCUAGUUUAUCUUACCAUGACAUGCCUUGACAUAGCAUAUGCAAUUCACAUUGUUAGUCAGUUUAUAACUACUCCUCGCUCCACUCAUUAUGCAGUAGUACUUUACACUAUUUGCUAUGUUCAAGGAGCAUUGUUUCAUGGACUCCAUUUUUCUAUUAACUCCUCCCUUCUGCUUUGUGCUUAUUCUAAUGUCAAUUGGGCUAGUGAUCCUUCUGAUUGCAGAUCUACCACUGGUUAUUGUCCUUUUGUUGGUAUUCUCUUAUCUCCUAGUAGAGCAAGAAACAAACUAUGCCAUCUCGCUCUAAUACUAAAGUUGAGAGAUCUGGAUGAUAUCACAUCAAAACUUCUUUCAUUACAAUGGCUUCUUCAAGAUAUGGGUAUUCCUCAGCCUUCCUCUACUGAUUUAUAUUGUGAUAAUCAAAAUGCUAUACAAAUGGCUUACAAUGAUGUCUUCCAUGAACACACAAAGCAUAUCAAGGUUAAUUGUCACUUUAUCCAUCAUCAUGUUGCAAAGGAAACUAUUCAUUUGAUUUUCAUUAGUUCUAUUGAUCAACUUGCAAAUUGGUUCACCAAAUCUCACUUCCCUAGAUGCUUCCAAAAUCUUCUUUCCAAAAUCAAGUUGAUUUCUUCACCACCACCUUGAGUUUGUAGGAGAUACUAGAAUAUCAGCAUUUGCUUUAGAAUAUUAGUAUUUAUGUUAGAAUAUUUUGUUCACAUUAUAAUUAAUUAUAUACAUUUAA